AUGAAACAAAUUCAGUCCGCAGCAAAGACCAACUCGAUUGCGGUAUUUCUGGGCUUCUCGGAAAAUGAUAACAACUCUGCCUAUAUUGCGCAGGUGCUCAUUGGCCCUGAUGGACAAAUCGUGUCGCAUCGUCGGAAGAUGAAGCCCACUCAUAUGGAGCGCACGAUCUUCGGCGAUGCCUCGGGUGAAUGCUUUGCAAGUGUUGCAGAGCUUCCCUUUGCACGAGAUAUUCAUGUUUCCGCCUGGCCGAGCUUGACACCUCAUUCUGGUGGACCGGAAUUAUGGUCUAUGUCUGCUGAAGGGUGUCACGCUCAAUCACAGACCUACGCGAUGGAGUCACAAAGCUUUGUACUUCACUACACAGCUUUGAUCACCGAGGCUGGUGUUGAGAAGAUGAAGACUUCGGGUGGCAUGGGAAUGUCAUCCCCAGGCGGCGGCAGCUCUGCUAUAUUUGGGCCCGAUGGAAGGAGAUUGACGGAGCCGGUGAAUAGCACGACUGAGACUAUUAUCUACAGUGAUCUUGACCUUGACCAGAUCAUUGCAACAAAGCUUUUCGCAGAUGCCACAGGCCACUAUAGUCGCCCAGACCUCAUGUCGCUGAGCGUAUGUACGCGGGUGAAGAAGAUAGUGUGUGAGGAUGGAAAAUUGGGCGAUACUGAAGUGAUUUGCGAUCUCAAUGAUAGUGAGUAA